AUGUUUGUUUUGAAGAAAGAAUCAGCGCUGAUGAACGAGUACACUUCCUUGAAAAAUCUUGUCGAUGAACUCAACAAGGAGGUUGCCAAGUUUGAGCAAUUCAAGAAAGAACAGGAUGAGCUGGAGCAGAAAUUACUUGCCAAAGAAGCAGAGCUGGCCGAGAAAAGUGCUCGUCUUGCUGCCGCAGAGACUGAGAAACAGGUUUUAGCAGUUCAAGGAAAUGGAAGGAGCGCCGAAUUGGAAACAGAGAACGCUGAACUUCGGAAAAAGCUGGCCGAACUAGAAAACAAGUUGUCCGAAGCCAUGAAAGCACAGUCUGAUGCGCUUGCUGAGCUGGCUGCUGCUCGUGCUCAGGCUAACGAGGAGAUUGUGCUCUUGAAGAGAUCUCAGCCUGUGGAUGCCCCUAAUGUGACGAAUGCGAACGUAAAUGAUGAAGAAGUUACGAACCUCCGCGUUGAGAACAAUCGAUUGCAGGAGAAAAACGAAGAACUUCGUAAGCGCAAUUUUAAAAUUCUGGAUGAUGUAGCAAAUCUGGAAAAACAACUUCGUGAAAGGAUUUCAUCGGAUUCCGCUGCACAAUCCAGCCCUGCAAAGAUCGACGAAGGAUCUUGUCAAGCGCAGCUACUAGAAGAGAGAAAGCUUGUCGCAUCUAGAAUUGGAAGUAUUGUUAAUUCGCCAUUAAACGACUCGAGUUACAACGACUACGUAAACUCACUAGCAAAAUCACUGAAGGCUGCUCUCAAGGAGAAGAAAGUGCGCCAUGAGGAAGCUGCAUCAAGUACCUCAAAUCAUGAAACGCAGGCCGAAUUGGAAAGCUACAGAAGUGCUUUUCAUAGUCUGGCAUUGCUUCUGUCGCAGAUUGAAAUGGGUGUCAAUGAGCGAGAAUCAUUCUACAAGGAAAAAGUUGCUCAAUUGGAGAGUGAAUUGGACAAAGCAAAUGGUGUCAUAGCUUCCGCUAAUCGUCUCAGGAAAGAGCUAAGAGAAUGCGAAUUCCUUAAAAAGGUCUCCUCAUCCGCUAUUUCUGGUGCUUUGCAUCUGCGAUUCCAUCAGUUCUGA